CCGGAGGCGCGUCGCGGGCCGAGCGCUGGAAGCUGUGAUCCGGGACCGGGUCCGGGCUCCGCUGCAGCCGCAGCGACCCGACCCCACCGGACAGGCCAGAGGAGCCCAUUUGUGCAGCGCUCACGUUGUUGUAGAAUGCUGUAAACAAUUGUCACAGCUGUUUUUCAAGAAAUAGAAAGAGUUGCAACCUCUUCCUCAUAACAGAACUUUUAUAGUUGCAUUCAAUGCCUAACGUUGCAGAAGCAGAAAGGACAAAUGAUUCUGGAAAUGGUGAGUGCAAAUCUGAGAGACGGUCUCCUGAAGAGAAUCUACAAGGUGCCGUACAACCUUUCUGCACUCGUGCCUCGGGAGAACCCUUGGGUCCCAAAGGAGAUGGUCAUUAUCCAUGGAGCUGUCCAGUGACCCACACUCGGGAGAAAAUUUAUGCCAUCUGUUCAGACUAUGCCUUUCUCAACCAGGCGACCUCAAUCUGCAAAACUCCAAAUCCAACCCGCUCUUCUUGCCUCCCCAAUAGUACCUCUUUAUCUGCUGGAAAUAAUUCCUCAAGAUACAUUGGCAUCCCGACCAGUACAUCGGAAAUCAUCUACAAUGAAGAAAAUAGCUUGGAAAACUUAUCCAACAGCCUGGGCAAGCUACCUCUUGCGUGGGAAAUUGACAAAUCUGAAUUUGAUGGAGUGACCACGAAUUUGAAACACAAAUCAGGCAAUGGAAAGAAGCAAAUUUCCAAGAAAAAAACUUCAGACAAGAAAGGAAGAAGACAUCAAAGGGAGUGGCCUCAGUAUUCUCCUCUUGAAGAUAUUAAGCAGCGGAAAGUAUUAGACCUCAGACGAUGGUACUGCAUAAGCCGACCACAGUAUAAGACUUCUUGUGGUAUCUCCUCAUUAAUUUCUUGUUGGAAUUUCUUAUACAGCACAAUGGGAGCUGGAAAUCUUCCAGCUAUCACCCAAGAAGAAGCUUUACAUAUUUUGGGUUUUCAACCCCCGUUUGAGGAUAUUAGGUUCGGCCCUUUCACUGGAAAUACGACACUUAUGAGAUGGUUUAGACAAAUUAAUGACCACUUCCACGUAAAAGGGUGCUCGUAUGUUCUAUAUAAGCCUCAUGGGAAGAAUAAAACAGCUGGAGAAACUGCUUCCGGGGCCUUGUCGAAAUUAACUCAUGGAUUGAAAGAUGAAUCGUUAGCUUAUAUCUACCAUUGUCAAAAUCAUUAUUUUUGUCCAAUUGGCUUUGAAGCAACCCCUGUUAAAGCUAAUAAAGCAUUCAGGGGCCCCCUCUCACCACAAGAAGUAGAAUAUUGGAUCUUAAUUGGAGAAUCAAGUAGAAAACAUCCUGCUAUUCACUGCAAAAAGUGGGCAGAUAUUGUUACUGAUCUAAACACUCAAAAUCCAGAAUAUCUAGAUAUCCGGCACUUAGAGAGGGGGCUGCAGUAUCGAAAAACGAAGAAGGUUGGAGGAAACCUGCAUUGCAUCAUAGCAUUCCAGAGACUUAACUGGCAAAGAUUUGGCCUUUGGAACUUUCCAUUUGGAACCAUUAGGCAAGAAUCACAACCUUCAACACAUGCCCAGGGAAUUGCCAAAUCUGAGAGUGAGGACAAUAUCUCCAAGAAGCAGCAUGGGCGUCUGGGCCGGUCUUUUAGCGCUAGUUUCCAUCAGGACUUGACAUGGAAAAAGAUGUCAAGUAUCCAUGAGAGAAGGAACAGUGGUUACCAGGGUUACAGUGAUUACGAUGGGAAUGACUGACCAUGCUGCGUACUGACGACUUGUGUUAUUCACGCAGCUGGUCUAUACAGGACUGCAUUAAGGCAGUACAAGAUUUUAAGUCUGUAUUAAAUAGCAACAUAUCUUGUGGUACAACACAUAACCUUGUAGUUUCUCCAGUAAAUAAGCUUGCAUAUGAUUAUGAUGGGUGAUUUCUGGUAUAUAAACAGAUAAGCACAGAGUUUUUUUGUCCUUUUAAAAGUUAAGAGUAUAUAAACAUUCUGGGCAGUUUCACAAAGUCCAAUAAAAUUACACAUAAACAAAUCAAACACAAUUUCACUCAAUAGCAUCACGAUUUGAAAUACUUAAGCAUGAAGUGAUUUCUUAUGACUUGACCCCCAGAUAUUUGUUGCAGUUUUGUUCCCAAGCUCGAAAUGUAAGGUACUAAGUAUCUGCCCAGAAAAAUUGGGGCUGUUGAUUUCUAGUUUUUCUCUAGUGGUUAAAGCUCAUUUAAAAUGACUUAGUCUAGAAAUUCUUUUACUUGUAGUGGUAUCUUGCCUGCCUCAUUUUUUUCCUGAUCAACUUUCUCAGGAUUCUCAAUAAAGAGGCAAAAGAGAAAAGACUCAAGCUACUGAUCUUUUCUAUUGGUGCAGAUGGGUGACUUAGUGCAUCGAUUCAGGUACUCUUGACUUUCUUGGUAUGUUACUGUCAAAUGCUGACAAGAACUUUAGGUCUUGAAAGACUCGUAAGUCUACAAUAAACCUUGCUUUAGGGGUAGAGUAAAAGAACAAGUGGCAUCUGAAGUUUCUAUACACAAGGUAACCUGUGAGAUGAGAUCUGAUAUUUGACUGGUCCCCCAGUAUGGCGUCAUAUGUUGAUAACAGAAUUAAGGACGUGUUAGGAAUGCCCCAUCACUCAGAGGGCAACUAUCCAUAUUCCAGACUCUGAGCUCUUUCCUUUUUAAAACAUGUAGACAAUUAGCUGCUUGAAGUGAGUGUGAAAUAGUUCAGAAAGUGUGGAUUUCAUGUAUUUAAGCUCCUCUCCAGUUGCUGUCAGUUUUUCUUCUGCUGCCAACCUAUGACUCACAAACAACUAGGAUCUCUUGUUCUUUCAUUUCAGGGGCUGUUCUGGGACUCAAAUCAGUAACUUGAUUAUUACAAGGUGCUGAAUAUGUUGGUAACCACAUCGUAAUACACCUCAAGGAGAAGGUUCAGAUUUUUAUUUUUAAAAUAUUUUCAUUUUCUUCUCUUUUGAAUUUUAUAUCCAUUUAUCCACUCAGACAUGCCUAGCCUACAGAAGGGGAUAUAUAUUAUGAAAUGGGCAUUUUUCUGAAGAGAGUAUUUUGCUUGAAAUGCAAAGGACUGAAAGAUUUGUAGGUUGUUGAUUUUGUUACUUCAUACUGGAACUUUUAAGAAGUUUUCAUCAAUAAAGUUUUGUUUUCUACUUUUAA